AUGUCCGCGGAGCCCAACACUAAGUUCGCGCCCGAGCCGAAGAUCCAGAACAAGGGCCGAGAGUUGAGCUUCAAGCAAAAGUUGGACCAGGCCGCACACGAUGCCCGGAAACCCGACGAGGAGUCUAGGCCGAACCCCAUCAUUGAGAAAGGGCCUCCGGAACGGCCAUACGACGACACUCAGGUCGAGGAGUUCAUCCGGCAACAACACCGUAGCAAGGGCGAGGACGGCUUGCUGGAAUGA